AGAUGUAGACAAAUAAGACAUUUAAGUUUACCGAUACGAAGGGCUCAGACAGUGAUGUCCUGAGUGUUUCAGUCUAUACCAGGGCCUGCACAGAGGAAAGCUCCAAUGUGUUGCGGCGGGGUGUGUUGUAAAGUGUUCAUGUUUUAACACAUGACAACAAAGCUUCGGCAGUCCUGGCUGUCCUAGCGGUUGGAUGACUGUGCUGAGUCGCGGACAAGACGCAGAGGCAGCAGCAGCAGAUGCAGCGGAGAGCAGCAAUGGUCGAGUCAGCGAGAACCGCAGUGGAGCCGCACUGAGGCUAAGCAAGGUAGCCCCUUAUCUGGGUACUAGGACAACACAUAUUUGGAGAAAAAGAAGAGGAAUUUAGAAGUAAAUUGUAUCAACCCAAAACCUGAAUGCCGCCUGUUCAAUCAGAUUAACCGGAUAACCGGAAUUCCAAAACUCCUUGGACCUACAAGAUGACCGUUGUGGCAGGAGAUAACAUGGAUGAGACUGCAGCCGUACCGGGGCACCCGCAGGACGCGUACCCCCCCGACCAUGAAGACCACGACUGCUGCGAAAGAGUGGUCAUCAACAUUGCGGGGAUGCGGUUCGAGACCCAGCUCAAAACUCUCUCCCAGUUCCCCGAGACAUUGUUAGGCAACCCCAAGAAGAGGAUGCGCUACUUUGACCACCUGAGAAACGAGUAUUUCUUUGACAGAAACCGUCCCAGUUUCGAUGCCAUCCUCUACUAUUACCAGUCCGGGGGUAGGCUGAGAAGGCCCGUCAACGUUCCGUUGGACAUGUUCUCUGAAGAGAUCAAGUUUUAUGAGUUGGGAGUGGAUGCCAUGGAGAAAUUCCGUGAGGAUGAGGGCUUCGUCAGGGAGGAAGAACGUCCUUUACCUGAGAAGGAAUUCCAGCGUCAGAUCUGGCUGCUUUUUGAGCACCCAGAGAGCUCGGGUCCGGCCAGAGGGAUUGCUAUAGUAUCUGUAAUGGUAAUUCUGAUUUCCAUAGUCAUAUUUUGUUUAGAGACUUUACCCGACUUGAAAGAGGACCCUAGGGGUCGUUUUAAGACUGUGGGGAAUCAUACCUUUUACUACAAACCAAACAUCCUAACCGACCCUUUCUUCAUUAUUGAAACUCUGUGCAUUAUCUGGUUCUCGUUUGAGUUGUUAGUGCGGUUUUUCGCGUGUCCAAGCAAGGCGGUCUUCUCCAAAAACAUGAUGAACAUUAUUGAUAUAGUGGCCAUCAUCCCUUACUUCAUCACACUGGGCACGGAGCUGGCUGAGGACCCCGAAGACCAGGACGAGGGCAUGGGGGAGCAGGCGACAUCUCUGGCCAUCCUCAGGGUAAUCAGACUGGUCAGAGUGUUUAGAAUCUUUAAGCUGUCACGACACUCCAAAGGAUUGCAGAUCCUGGGACAGACCCUCAAGGCCAGUAUGCGCGAACUCGGAUUGCUGAUAUUCUUCCUCUUCAUCGGAGUUAUCCUCUUCUCCAGCGCGGUGUACUUCGCAGAGGCGGAGGAGAAAGGGUCGUACUUUGGCAGCAUACCGGAAGCUUUCUGGUGGGCCGUGGUGUCUAUGACAACUGUGGGCUAUGGGGAUAUGGUGCCUGUCACUAUAGGGGGCAAGAUAGUGGGUUCCCUUUGCGCCAUUGCUGGUGUGUUGACGAUUGCGCUUCCAGUGCCUGUCAUUGUGUCCAACUUCAACUACUUCUACCAUAGGGAGACCGAGGGAGAGGAGCAGGCCCAACUAUUAAACGUUAGUGAACCAAACAUUAGUGAAAGCAACUCUAGUCGCCGCAGCUCGUCCACUGUCAGCAAAUCAGAAUACAUGGAAAUUGACGGAGAUAUUAAUAAUAGCAUCGACAAUUUUAGAGAGGCAAACCUCAGAACUGGCAAUUGCACUCUAGCAAACCAAAACUGUGUAAAUAAAAGCAAGCUGCUCACAGAUGUGUAGAAUCGAAUGAGAAAACAUGGGACUUACAUGAUGCCGUCACACGUUGAGUACGCCAUCCUUUUUGAAUGCUUCAUUCGCCUCCUAUAAGCGCUCUAUGGCAUUAUGACAACAACCAUGCUCACCAAUUUGAAAGGAAUUAUUUGAAAGGGGGGAAAAAAUAUGAAAAUGAAGCUGUUAUUAGAGAACACGACAGCUAGAGUAAUUCAUUAUUUUAAAAAUGAUCAUUCAAAUACGUAUUAAAAAUAUAUAAAAAAGAAACAUCAACUUCUAUUUAACACGCACACGCAUAAUCGCGCGCCCUUGGAGGACGACUAACCAACAUCACUUAGACGACAUAUCUGUUUUUAUCAGACAAAGCUAGGCGUGAUAAUUAAAACGUUAUGCAUCGGUACAGAUAACAUUUCAGCAAGUGCACACUGCAUCAAGGAUAACAUGCAUCAUAAAUACCAUCUGCUGCGA